AGAAGGCGGAUUGAAAAGGUCUUUUCUCUGUUGUAUUUCUUGAGUAAUUUUCACACGAAGAUGAGGUUUGCUAUCCUUUUCCUUCUGGUCUGUCUUAUCCUAGAGACCUCAUCUAAACGUAGCGGAGGGUCAGAUAACGGAGAUGGUGAUGACGAUGGGAACAGCGGAGGUAGCAACAAAGGAGGAAGCAAUUAUCCAGGAGGCAACAGACCAGGAAGCAAUCAUCCAGGAGGCAACAGACCAGGAAGCAACUAUCCAGGAAACAAUUAUCCAGGAAGCAACAAAGGAGACAGUGAUUAACAAAGAAAUAACAAAAUGAUAACCUGGCUGAUAGAGAGAUACAGAUAAAAUUAUUUGUAAAUUUGUAUUGCACAACACCGAAAAUAAAAGAAGAAAAUAAAAGAAUAUCGUUUC